GAGGCCGCUGCGCUCGCCGCGGCCCCCGUCGCCAUGGACCUGCGCACGGCCGUGUACAACGCGGCCCGCGACGGGAAGCUGAAGCUGCUGCAGAAGCUGCUGGGCAGCCGGAGCCGGGAGGAGCUGGAGGCGCUGACGGCGGGGCCGGGGGGCGGCGACGGCCCCGGCGGGGGCAGCACCCCGCUGCUCAUCGCCGCCCGGCACGGCCACCUCGACGUCGUCGAGUACCUGCUGGAUCACUGCGGCGCCCGCGUGGAGGAGGGCGGCUCCGUCAACUUCGAUGGCGAGACCAUCGAAGGGGCGCCGCCGCUGUGGGCGGCCUCGGCCGCCGGGCACCUGGGGGUGGUGCGGAGCCUGCUGGAUCACGGCGCCUCCGUGAACCAGACCACGCUGACCAACUCCACGCCGCUGCGGGCCGCCUGCUUUGACGGGCACCUGGAGAUCGUGCGCUACCUCGUAGGUGAGCGUGGCGCCGACCUGGAGGUGGCCAACCGGCACGGACACACUUGCCUGAUGAUUUCCUGCUACAAGGGACACCGGGAAAUUGCCCGUUACUUGCUCGAGAAAGGGGCUGACGUCAACCGAAGGAGCGUGAAGGGGAACACUGCCCUGCAUGACUGUGCCGAGUCGGGCAGCCUGGAGAUCCUGCAGCUGCUGCUGCGCUCCAAAGCCCGCAUGGAGAAGGACGGCUACGGCAUGACUCCGCUGCUGGCCGCCAGCGUCACCGGGCACACCAACAUUGUGGAGUACCUCAUCCAGGGCGGGCUGCGGCAGGACGAGGAGGAGGCCGCGGGGAACCAGAGCGGGACUUGUGCGUCAGGCGGGAGCCAUCRGAGGGGCCGUGGCGCUGGCCGGGAGUCCCCCGGGGGCUGUGCCGAAGAGGGGCCGGCGCGGUGCAGCGCCUCGGCCKGCGCGCAGGACGAGCAGCAGCUCCCGGGCGUGCUCUGCACUCGGGAGGCCGCCGUGGAAGCCCUGGAGCUGCUGGGUGCCACGUUUGUGGAUAAGAAGCGGGACCUGCUGGGAGCGCACAAGUACUGGCGCAGGGCGAUGGAGCUGCGGUGCGAGGGCGGCCGCUACCUGCCGAAGCCCGAGCCGCGGCAGCUCGUGCUGGCCUACGACUACUCGCGCGAGGCGAGCUCGCUGGAGGAGCUGGAGGCCUUGAUCACCGACCCCGACGAGAUGCGCAUGCAGGCCCUGCUCAUCCGGGAGCGCAUCCUGGGCCCUUCGCACCCCGACACGUCCUACUACAUCCGUUACCGAGGGGCCGUCUAUGCUGAUUCCGGCAACUUUGAGCGCUGCAUUAACCUCUGGAAAUACGCCCUGGACAUGCAGCAGGGCAACCUGGAGCCGCUCAGCCCCAUGACCGCCAGCAGCUUCCUUUCCUUUGCUGAGCUCUUCUCUUACGUGCUCCAGGACCGCUCCAAAGGCACUUUAGCGACGCACUUGGGCUUCUCUGACCUCAUGGGCGUGCUGAGCAAAGGGGUGCGGGAGGUGGAGCGGGCGCUUGUGCACGGCAAGGACCCCGUCGUUGACUCGGCGCAGUUCACCAAGACGCUGGCCAUUAUCCUGCACCUGGUCUUCCUCCUGGAGAAGGUGGAGUGCACGCCRGAGCAGGAGCACCAGAAGCGGCAGACGAUCUACCGGCUGCUCAAGUGCAGCCCCAGGGCCAAGAACGGCUUCACGCCGCUGCACAUGGCCGUGGACAAGGAUACCACGACRGUGGGCCGGUACCCGGUGGGCAAGUUCCCCUCGCUGCACGUUGUGAACCUGCUUCUGGAGUGCGGGGCUGAYCCGGACAGCCGCGACUACGACAACAACACCCCGCUGCACAUCGCGGCCCGCAACAACUGCCCGCUCAUCAUGAGCGCCCUCAUGGAGGCCGGAGCCCACAUGGACGCCACCAACGCCUUCAAGCAGACCGCCUACGAGCUGCUGGAUGAGAAGCUGCUCACCAAGAGCAUGAUGCAGCCCUUCAACUACAUCACCCUGCAGUGCCUUGCUGCUCGCGCGCUGGACAAGCACAAGAUCCCCUACAAAGGCUUCAUCCCCGAGGAGCUCGAAGCCUUCAUAGAACUGCACUAGGGUGGGAGAGCUGGAGCUGCCAGCCCUUCCCACCAGCUGCUUCCCCAAGGAGGGAGCACAGCCCCAGGCCUCGGCUCACCCUCCUCGCGGUGCCCACGGCCUUCGCUGUGCUGCGGCGGGCGGCAGGUUGUGUCCUCGUGUCACCGUGAAGCCGGCGCGUGCAGGGGUUGGAGGAGAGGCUCGUGCCUGUCCCCUGUCAUUGUCACCUUGAGGUGCCACGUGUCUGCAGCACACUGUGUCCAGAGAAGCUGCAUCCCCUGCCCUGUCCCACGCCGACGUCUUGCCGUGAGGAGGAAGCAGCGUGGAGCUCCCGGGGACCUUCUGCCUCUCCCAUUAGUGCUGSAUUAACUCAGCAGUUGCGCUUUGGAGCAGCUCCACGACACACGUGCUCUAGGGCUUCCCAUCCCGYGUGCUGAACAGAUAGAAACACAAGUGAGGAAUAAAAUAUCUUCCAACUAAUUACUCCCCUGCCCCUGUUACAGGUCUGGUACAUGAGCAGAGUGGCCGAGCGGCUCGUGCUGUGCUGAGGUAGUUGCCUUGCAUGACGGUAGGGCUGGGCAUGCUGAGGAUUUACUUUGUCCCUUUUCCUUUGGUUGGCCAAGUAGCAAGUGGUGUUAAAGGCCUGAGAUUGCGAUGAUUGUGCGUAAAGCUGGGUUAUUUUUUCUCUUUUAGAGCCAGGCCCUAUCUAUGCUGCAAGAGUCCUUCAAUCCUGUAAGGUAGAGUAAGGUCAGUUGUGGUUACAGUUUCAUCAGCAGGUGUUGGUCUGUAUGAAUGGGGAGAAAAUCUGCAAAUCUACAAUGAAAAUCUGGGUGCAAACACAAUUGUGCCGUGGAGCUGGGGCCCUCAYGCUGCCCCUCUGCCCAAGGUCCCCUCUGUGCCACGGGGCCGGGCAUUACGGAGGGGAACCUUCCAAUUCCUCUGAGGUUUGUUGGUACCAGCCCAGCAGGCCCUCUGAAUUAUCCUGUUCUGGAAACCUUCCUGGAAUGGGCUGUUAACUUCUCAUUGUUGGCAUGUAGGUUUUUUUUUUUCCACCGAGGAUGGUGCUACUUCACAGAUUGGAAUUGAAAUCUCCUUUGGCUGCUGUUUGAGCAAGCUCCUUUCUAAAUUAGGGCCUGCACCCAACCUGUUUUAGUGUUUAAAUCCAUAGUCUCAGGRUAGGUGUUUGCCUCUAACAGAUCCCUCCUUGGUGGUAAACAGUUGCUGUUGAUAAACACGGGGCUCUGGUGCCAGCAGUUUAUUUUCUUGCAGCGGGAGUGACCGGGCUUUGGCAGCCUGGGCCUCAUUCCUUGGCCUGGGCAGAGUGGAAAACACAGUGGAGGGUGAAGCAGCUGCCCUGGGCUCUGAGGAAAGGUCGAGACUGGGAGAGCAGAGCCCUGAUGAGCAGCCAGGCCCUCUGUGCGACCGAAGCUUCUCUACUUGUAUUUAUAAGCCAGCGUAUCCAUAAGCCUCAAUAAUCCAAUGCUCUCUGCCUGUUAAAGAUACUAUAGAUCUGCUGUUACAUUUUUGCAGUGUUAACCUUUAUUUAUAAAGCAAGGAGGUUUAACUUUUAUCGAGACGUAGAGUGGAGAGUUAGCUUAGAUCUGUUCUAUUUUUUCCUCCUCUUGGCUGAAAUCUGAACUAAGCUGCAGAUACAGAACUUGUAAGUUUGUGAGCUGAUGAGCGCUCUUAACU